GAUAGAAUCAUAUAGUCAAUAUAGAAUAUCUAAUAGACAGUAUCUAGUAUAGUAUAGUAUAGAGAUCUAUAGAAACUCAUUUUAUCUAUUAUUAGACAAUCCAAAUAAUUAUCUAAUAGAGCCUCUAGACUCUACAGUUUAAAUUAUAUUUUUCUAUUUUAACUCUAACCCAUGGCAACUGUGAAUAAAAAAAAAAAAAUUAAAGUCCUUUUAAGGCUUACUCUAAGAAUAUUUUUUAUCACUAAAUAUCAAAAUCUAGUUCUAGAAUUCUAGAGCUAUAUAAUAGUAGUAUACUAUACUCAACACAUUCUUAUAGGCACUGCCGUGAUCAAGACGUCCAUAAGUGCUGGAGUGCAAUGAUUGCCUUUGUGGGAGAGACAGGCCAUCUUAAAUAUUUUAAGAAGGCUGCCUGGUCAUGCGGUUUGCGCGAUGGACUAUCGUUCGGACUUAUUGAUGGUCCCAUGUUUAAACCCUGCCCGCUCCCAUCCCCUGUUGUCCUGCGGGAGGGGUUGGGCUAGGAAGUAAAUUAUCUUCAACUUUGAAGCAACAUUCGAAACAUGCUUAAAAACAUUUUACUAACAAACACAUAAGCUAGAUAUUUUUCUUUAAUAUGCUUAAUAGAUCAAUUCAGCGUGAAAGUAAGCAUGGGUUCAUAUCCCACUUCUGACACCAAGGAAGUUAAUGAAUGGAUGGACAUAAAAUAUUUUUGCAGGAUGAAGUAGUCCUUUCAAGCUUGUGUGUAGCAUAUUGUCCAGAUACUUGAUGAGAGGACCACAAUAUAAAUUACAUCCUAGACCAAACCAGCACCAGGAUGACUAGGAAUGGCAGCAUGCAGCGUUUGAACUUGGAACCGUCAAGACCACCGAACGACAAUCCAAAGUGCAUAUAUAUAUGUUGCAACGUCUAGAAAACAUCAUUAAAAAAGCAUCAAAAAUUACACUCACAACAUUACCACAUUUAAAGGAACUUUUUGAACAAACGUGCCUAAGAAAAAUCGAAAAAAUCUUGGAAGACAACGGCCACCCGCUCCAUCAGAACUACGCCAGGUCGUCGCGAAGUGGGCGACUGCUGUCAAUCAAAACAAGAACUGAGCGGUACAAAAACUCGUUCGUACCUCACUCGGUCAGACUCUAUCACCGCCACUCAUUGAUCAGGGAACAUGAAAUGCACCAAGAUACCUUAUUUUUCAAUGAUGGCUCUACCAAUACAUGUAUUAAAUAUGCAGCGCAUGGCAUCAAAUGGUUAGCUUUUCACUGAAAUGAUUUAUGUGAAUACCAAGUUUUACAGCUUCAAGAAAAGUAACUUUUAUUUCUUGACAUUAGUAAAGAUUGAAAGAUAUAAUGGCUGAAAGUGAACUGCUUGAAAGUUUUGAAGACUCUGAUGCUAUCACGUCGAUGCCUGCAAAAAAGAAAAAGAAGUGGUAUCAUCAGAACUUUCGUGAAGAGUGGCUAGAUGAUCCUGAAUUUGCAGAUUGGCUUCAACCGGAUGAGAAUGAUCGAACAUGUAGCUAUUGUAUCUACUGUAAGGCAUCCUUAAAGCAUGCAAACAGAAGUAUGCUGAUGUCCCACAAGAAAACUUCCAAGCAUAAAAAAUACACUGAGGGUAAGAAAGGUGCCAAGGACACUUUUAAAGUAGAAAUGCUAAUUAAAAGAAAGAAGUUGUCUGAAGAAGAAAAUGUGGCAAGGGCAGGGUUGCUGCUGGCCGGCUUUUUCACAGAGCACCGUCUUUCCUAUCACAAUGUUGGUCAUCUGGUUGAAGUUUUAAAAAAGGCUUUUGUAAAUAGCACAAUUGCCAGAAAAUCAGAAAUUGAUGCCUCAAAACUUGCUUAUCUUAUACAAGAUGGAAUAGCCUAUCAUGGAAAACUUGAAAUUUCUGAGAUCUGUCAAAAUCAGAAGUUUUCCAUUUUGAUUAACUUAAAUUCAGAUCCCUUAGCAACACAACUUACUGCUAUAGUUGUUCGCUUCUUUGACACAAACAAGCAAGACCUAGUAGAUGUUCUGUUUGAUACUGUGACUCCAGAUACAGAUACUGUUGAAAGCCUUUACAAUGCUGUGAAACUGCUUCUUAUUUCAAAGAACAUACCCUUGGAUAACAUUAUUGGCUAUGGCAGCAACAACUGUUUAAAUGAUGGAUUUUACUCUCUACUAAAGGCAGAUGUUCCAACAGUUUUUACUGUUGCUUGUGACUGGAACUCUAUGUCAAUUUGUUUCAGCCAGGCACUUAAAGUGAUUCCUUCUGACGUAGAGACAUUUCUACAUGAAGUCUCCUUGUGCUUUGUUAAUGGAGGCAAAGCACUGAUGGACUAUGGAAUGAAUCCUGAACUUGUACGUGUCACUCAGCUCAAACUACAAGAGAGCUCGCAGACAGUAAGAGAUGAAUACCUAAUCACUGUUAUUUUGGAACAGUGGCAGACACUUCUUAUCUAUUUUCAGGCAGAAGUGAAAAAUGAAAGAGACAAUGAUUUAGUGCCUGUUUAUAAUACUUUCAUAGCAAGAGGAACAAAGCACAUGCUUACGUUUUUGCAAUAUAUACUGCAAAAGAUAAAUUCUUUCAAUAUUGAAUUUUAUUCUGAAGAAUUCAGGCUCCAUAUGUUACAUACAUUAAUUACAAAUAUAUAUCGUGAGUUUCUUGGCUGCUUUAUUCUGGAUGAUGUUCUUUCAAAGUACAAGUUAUCUGAAAUUGAUCCCACUAAUGUCUCCAUUCAAAAAGACCUUGAUGAUGUCUACUUUGGAGCAUCAUUGAUGACUCUCUUUCUUCAGGAACCCUUAGCUGGUCGUGAAAAGCCAAUCAAAGCAUAUUUUCUACAGUUUCUAAUUGAACUGUCUUGUCAGAUACGGGCUAAUUUCUCCCUAGCUGAAAAUGGUAUACUUGCAAGCCUAGACAUAUUGGAUCCAACAAUUGUGCAAAGUCACCGUAAAGCCCCGCCUUCUCUUGCAAAGCUAGCUCUACAUUUUCCAAACCUUGUUCCAGAAAACAAACUAAAUGAGCUUGAUGAUCAAUGGAGAGCUUUUCGGAUCUCUAAAGAAUUUUUAUUUACUGAAAUGUCAAUCCCACAGUAUUGGUUCUUGUUGCGCAAUGUUAAGGAUGCCACGGGCAAAUCCAAGUUUGCUCUACUGUCACAAUUUAUGACAAAUUUAGCUGUUCUACCACAUUCCUCCGCCUCAGUAGAGAAAAUAUUUUGUCAGAUCAAUAUCAUUAAGGGAAAGUACAAGAGUGUCCUAAAAGCAGAAUCAGCAAAAGACAGGCUAAUUGCAAGGCAAAUGCUUGUUAGAAAAAGUAAGACUUGCAGCAGCUGGGAGCCCAGCAAAGAACUGAUCACAGAUGCUGCCCAAAACACAUGCCUCAAAAGAAAAGAAUCCAGACUUGAACUGUACAGAGCAAUGCCAGGGAUGCCAGCAAAAGAUGAAUUAAUGGACAUUGACCAGUCUGAUGAGUCAGACAGGGAACAGAUUUAAAUGGCUUAGAUGUAGCAGAAUAUUCACAUGGGGGGAAAGGUUAUACCAUUAUUACAACAAUUCUAAAAGUUUUGGUAAUCACUUUAAACUGCCAGAUAUGUCAAGUAUAGUAAUGUUUUUUGUAACUGAUGUUAUCAGGCCUACAUCAGUAAUCAUUCCUUUUUUAAAUAUUGUUUUGUACACAUAGCUCUGAGACUUCAAAACCAUCAAUAAAUAAGUCUACUAUUUUAUUUUAAUGUUCUCUUUUAGCCUGUACUAUCAGCCUUGAAAGCAUCUUUAUUUUCAAAGAAUAUCCCUAUUGAUUAUUAACAAGAAAAUAACUGUUUCAUUAUGUACUUAUUUCUUGAAAUGUAGAUUUAGAUAUACUUAGUUUUUUUUUAUUUAUUUAAAAGUACAGUUAUUUUCAAAUUAAAUUUCUUAUUUCUUUUUUAUACUGGGUAGUGAAUGCUAGAAAUGUUUAAUUAAUCAAAGUAUGUUGCAUACUUUAAAUAGAAAUUAUUGACCAAAGGCUCAAAAACUACGAAAAAAUUAUAUAGAACAUAGUGACAUACAUACUAGGUUAGCUCUAGAAAAGGUCAUCAAAAUAUGAUGAUAAUGGGGCAUCUUUUUAUUUCCUUUUUGGUUUUCCUUUCUUUAUUUCUUUAUUGAUUUUCCAGCUGAGGAGAGCAACUAUGCGAUAUCUGUGGACUCAGUAUAAUUUAAUUUAAAGGACUUGACAUGUUUGUAUAAUGUCAUUUUUUUAAGCUGUAAAAAUAUUUAGAUCUAGUUAAGAAAUUAGAUUUUAGGCAGGAGUUUUCUAUGAUUACUAAGACCAGAUUAUGCCUUUAUCUAUUCAGCAAUAUGAUUUUUUUUUUUACAGUUAUUAACUAUAACAUACAUGGGUCUUAAGACCAUUAUAUUUAAACAUAAUUAAAUAGAUUAAAAGUUAACCUUUUCUUUUGUGACAAUAUUGUUAGCACAUAACCAAUUUUUGUUAAGCUCUGUUUGUUUUUUUUGUUUUUUUUUUUAAUUUCUGUGUGUACAAGUUCAUAAAAUGCCUUACUAAAUUUUUAAUAUUCUAAUUGAUUUAAAAUGAAUAUUUUUCAAGGAACAUCUGCUAAUAUUUAAAUUUAUUUACGUAUACCGGGGUAUAAUUGAAUUCCCACUAAUUUGUUUGGGGUUUUUUUGCUGAUAGUCUACAGUGACAGUUUUAUAAUAAGUUUUUAAAGCCUUUUGGGAUUUCCUUGACAAAUUCCUUAGAACUAGUUUUCUGUUGAAUUUGUCACUAGUAUUGAAAUACACCUAACUCUUUUAUCAUGAAAUGUCUUUGAAAGUUCUGUUUUUAAAAAUUAUUGAAAAUGUUAUUUGUAUUCAUCAUUUAUUUUGUUCAAUGAUUGUUGUAACUUUUUUUUUUUGCCAGAUACUUUCAAUAUUUUUUUUUAUUUGUUCAAUAAUAGUACUGCAUCUCUAUAAUGUACUACACUUUGGGCUAUAAACUUUCAACUACCUUGUGUGUGUGGUUGCUGAAUGUUGUGUAUUUGAGUGCGAAAGAUGCACAUUUUGAACAUUUUGGAUGCUUUUUUGUUGAGAAAAAAAGAUGAAAUAAAUGUAAAAUAUAUUCUAAAUUACAACUAAGAAAGAUAAUUACAUCCUAUCUCAAAGAUUCUUUUAUAGUUGUUUUAUGUAGACCCCUUACUUUCUUUAUAUCGGUAUAUUACAUGUACUACCGGUAUCCAAUUUAUUAUCAUUAUCAUGUAUUGUUGUUUUAAAUGUAGCCUAAUUGUCUGAUUAGUUCAACGAACAUUAGGAAUCUAAAAAUCAUAUCAUUUGUAUAGUCAUUUUUUUUUUUAGUUUGAAAAUUUCUAACUAGGACUAGAACUUUGGCUUGUUUGUUAACUUUAACACCUAGCUCUAAAAUUUUUAACUUGUAUUAAUGUGCUUGUUAUGAUUCUGAUGAAAAAAAAACAACAUACGUUUGCCUUGAAACCAUGUUUUUAUGGUUGCAAUAACAAGUCAAACUUAUAAAUUUAGACAGUUAAGAUGAGUAACUACAAUAAUAUGACUAAUGAAUUUUUAAGCAAGUUUUUACUUGGUUAUUUACUUACUUGAAAAAAUAUCUAUUACUGUUACCUCAAAAUAUUCUUCUGGUUUAAAUUAUCAUAGCUCUUUAAAUUUUCUUAAAAAUGCAAUAUAAGCAUUAAGAAUAGCAAUGUUUCUGGCUUUGAUUGAAUAUAUACUUUUAAGCAUGAAUCAUGAGCAAACUUAAAUUUGAUACACAAUUCCAAAUUUGUUGACUUUUAAUGUUUAUUGUUAAUACUUUUAUUGUUAAUACUUUCUUUGUAAGUGUCUUCAUUUAGGCCUUGUUUCAAAUUUAAUAAUAAUAUUAUGAUACUAAUCCCUGGGAUUCUCUUGAAACUUUUUUUUUCAAUUAAAACUAUGCCAUCAAUAAAUAUUAAGAAAUGCAAGAUUGAAAGGAUCAUUUUAUUAUUAUUAUUUUUUUUUUUGUUUGUAUCAUUUUCACUAGUAUUUCAAUGCAUUGGUGACAGCUUUCUAAUUAAAUUAUUGCUAUUUAAAGAUAUCUUAGCUACUUGUAUAUCUAACAAUACUGGUACAGUAGGUUAAAUAUCAAGCAAUCGAAAGGUAUUUUACUGGUACAGUAGGUUAAAUAUCAAGCAAUUGAAAGGUGGUUUUUUAUUAUUUCAUAUUGUCAUUUAUGCAAAAACAAAGAAUAGCAAGUAACAUCAGGAAAUAAUUCACUAAAGAAUUUUUAAAAAUAUAUUCAAUGUACCACAUAUGUUGCCAAUGUUAUUCCCUUGCUGGUAGCCCAUGGUAUGAAUGUUAUCUGUGCAAUUUACUUUAAAACUUCUGUAUCUAAUUCCAAGCAUUUUGUUUCAAAAUAUGUAAAUAAAAAUGUAAAUAAAUUGAUACCGGUAUA